AAUGAAGAUCUUCAAGAGAGAGAAAACCAGACGCUGACAGGCAAACAAAGUUGUGUGAUUCUCCUCCUGUGCCUCAACUGCCACAUGAGAAGGAGAGAAUCAUUUCUUUGCCUUAUAAGUCACUAUGAUGGUGCCGUGAACUCCUUUGGAGGUAUCCAGUUUAAGAAAAAGCUCUUCUACCAUCUUGUUCUGCACUUCUGCUGGUCUUUGAUCAUGACUCAUGGAUGAUGAUCUAAACUCUGACUGUACCAGUUCACAAGCUUCUUUCUGAAAAAAAUCUCCCCUAGAGUAAGGCUUGGGAAAUCAAAGUUUCUGAACUAAUUAUGAUUAUUACAUGAAUUAUUGCUUUCAUCUUAGAACUUAGAGGCAGUAUCUAUGAAACGACUGAUGGUAUGUGUCUCUUUUAAUUAGGAUAUUGAAAUUUGCCAUGAUAACCGAAAACUGUAACCCAAGAACUUUAGUUUGGUGCCAACAACAAAAUUAUAGCAGGAUAUCUGUGAGAUGUCAUGUAUUUGACUAUGCCUGACAUUAAGUAGGUGUGUAGUGUGGACCCGAAGCUACCUAUGGAAACUGGAAAGCAUUAUUGGCCCUACUUAUUCCAUGUCUUGGUCAAUUCUAGCCUUGCCAUCUUAUAGAUGCAGCCUAGAUGCAAAGCUCAUCGUCUGCUAUGGGCAGUUACCAGUCCACAGCACGGUUCUUUGUGCUUUUCAGCAUUGCCAUUUUCAGUCAUCUGGUGCCAUCUCUGAUACACACACAUGCUGCACAACAUGCAUUACUUGCAAGUAGUUGAUUCACAAGGACAUACUGUUGUUGGAUGUGAUAGUUUGCCUGAUAGAGAUUUGUAGCGUACAUGCUAGGCUCAAAGUCUGAUCCGUACAUACUAAUUGAUAAAUGAACAGACAAUAGAAAGUUAAGUACUAUAAACUUCGCCAUUUACUUAAUUUCUGCAUUUGUAGUUUGAUAUUUUCCUUAUCUGUGAUAUCUAGUGGGACAGCAGGACAGGUGAUGGUGUGAACAAUGACUUUCACAAAAAUAAACUCGAGAUGAGGAAUUCUGUAGACCAUGUAUAAAGGCGACCAGCCCCCCUUUGCUUCCCUCUAUCUUCAGAAGAAGCAGAUACAGGUUGAAUAGGAAAGAAGAAGCACCAAGCUGUACCAAUGGGGCGUGGAAAAGUAGAGCUCAAGAAGAUUGAGAAUCCAACAAACCGCCAAGUUACCUUCUCCAAGAGGCGGAUGGGGUUGUUCAAGAAGGCAAACGAGCUAGCCAUUCUUUGUGAUGCGCAAAUCGGAGUCAUCAUAUUCUCUGGAAGUGGCAGGAUGUAUGAGUACUCCAGUCCUCCAUGGAGAAUAGCAAGCAUCUUUGACAGAUACCUCAAAGCCCCUAGUACCCGUUUUGAGGAGAUGGAUAUCCAGCAGAAAAUCAUCCAGGAGAUGACUAGGAUGAAGGAUGAGAGGAACAGGCUGAGGAUGAUCAUGGCACAGUACAUGGGGGAGGAUCUGGCCACAUUCUCCGUGCAAGAUCUGAGCAACCUUGAACAGCAGAUCGAGUUCUCGCUCUACAAAGUUCGCCUGAGGAAGCAAGAGCUACUUGACCACCAGCAGCUGCUCGAGAUCCGCCAAAGGGAGAUGCACAUACCAGGAGAGCAGAGCGGCUACCUAUGCCUCAUGAACCAGGCUAUUGCGAGGGGGCAGCAGCAGCAGCAGGCUCAGGCAGGCGAGAUGGCGGGAAUUAACCAGAGGCCAUUCCCGUGGUGGGACGUGGGGGCCAGUGGCAGUGGCAGCCAGAGUCAGCAGCAGCAGCUGCCCGGCCGGGACGCGGCGGAGUCGUCGAUGACGGCGCUGCAGCUGUCGCCGCAGCUGCACGAGUACAGGCUCCAGCCACGGCAGCCCAACCUGCAGCAGGACGCCAACGUCCAUGGCUGGCUCUGAUGAACGAGACGACGCUGAACAUGCAGCUCCUCAGCUUGUGACCUGUUCUAGUCCUUGCAGUGUCUUCAUUUUCCAUAGCUUCAGCCAACGUGCCCUGCUGAAAAUAAACUUACUGGAGUUCACUUAAUUAAAUUUGUGCUAGGUUGUCAUCGCGGUUGCUCGUGUUGUGUAAUUGGGGUGCCGUCAACGAGUAACAGAAGCAGUAGCAGUAGAAGUAACAGUAGUAGUAGCAGCAGCAGCAGGACAGCACAGCACAGCAUCUUUGCCUAUGCCUUGUUGCUUUUGUGCUGCCAAGGAUGAGUCUGCGUGCUUCAAACGUUUGGCUUGCAUAGUUACACUUACAUCUGCUACUAUAGUAUAUGAUGUAUUUGGUCCAUGACUACCUACUACCCGGUCAAGGCAAGGCCGACAUGCUACAACGGAUCUUGAGUAUGUUGAGCAAUUCUGCCAUAAAUAAACCCUUUAAUGCUAAAUUGCUAAUGUGCACCAGCAGCAUCUCAGACGCAAAGACUGAACUGAAUAGUGUGAGAAGGUUGCAUC